AUGAUCACCCCUACCGUGUGGCUCAUCUCCGGCGCAAAUCGCGGAAUCGGCUUGGGCAUCGUGAAAGUGCUCGCGGCUAAGCCGGACACGCUCGUCUUCGCCGGCGCGCGCAACCCACCCGCCGCGACCGACCUGCACGAGCUCGCGGCGCAGUAUCCGGGCAAGAUCAAGCGCGUUGCGGGAAGGCUGGAUGUCGUGGUAGCGAAUGCCGGAAUAUGCUCUUCAGUCAGCAGAGUGCUAGAUGAACCCCCGGACGCAUUGAGGGAACAUAUGGAGGUCAACGUGAUAGGCACCCUCGUCUUAUUCCAGGCUACGUAUCCCCUCCUCGUAGCGAGCACCAAGUCCCCCAAGUUCAUUCCGAUCUCCUCCAUUGACGGCAGCCUCACUAUCGCUCCGCCCGUACCAUACAAACUCUUCUCAUGCUGCGCAAGCAAGGCUGCCGAGAACUGGCUGAUCACACGCAAGAUGCAUUUCGAUCAUGAAAGCGAUGGCCUCGGUCGUGUUGGGUAUGCAUCCAGCUGCCGCGGAGACGGGGAUGGCCGAUGCGCUGCGCGAGAACGUUGGAGGCAAUAUGACGGCAAGCGGCUCGAAUGGUGA